GAGGCGGCGGCGACGGGAACAAACGGGAAGGGGUGUGUGCGUGUGUGUAUGUAUGUAUGUGUGAGGCGAGGUCUUUCUGCUGCGGGUCCCCGUCGUCUGAGCCACCCGGGGCAGCGAAACUCCCUCUGGCUGGUCGAGCCUUGUCUAAUUAGGCAUCUGAAAAGCAGCUGAUUGGAUUCCGAGCGCCAUGUCAACUGGGAGAGCCCGAGCAAAGAAGAAAGCAUCAGUGGACCAGUCUCCUGAUAAUCUUCCCUUGAGAAGUUCGGGAAGACAGGUAAGGAGGAAGGCAGCAGAGGCACCCGAGGAAGAUGAAGAUGCAUCAGAGAAGAAAUAUCGGAAGUGUGAAAAGGCAGGAUGUACUGCAACAUGUCCAGUUUGCUUUGCUAGUGCUGCUGAAAGGUGUGCCAAAAACGGCUAUACGUCAAGAUGGUAUCAUCUUUCUUGCGGGGAACAUUUCUGUAAUGAGUGUUUUGAUCAUUACUACAGAAGUCAUAAAGAUGGCUACGAAAAGUACACUGCCUGGAAAAGGAUUUGGACUAGCAAUGGAAAAAGUGAACCCAGUCCUAAAGCUUUCAUGGCUGAUCAACAGCUCCCUUACUGGGUCCAGUGCACAAAGCCCGAGUGUGGAAAAUGGCGUCAGCUGACAAAGGAAAUCCAGCUUACCUCACAAAUCGCCAAAACAUACCGCUGUGGCAUGAAACUGAACAAUUCAACCAAGGUGGAAGGCUCAGACCCCUGUUCCAUGCCUGAGGAUCUGAGAGUUGCUGAAGUUUCGGAUCAUUGGUGGUAUUCCAUGCUCAUCCUCCCUCCUUUGCUGAAGGAUAGUGUAGCUGCUCCUCUGUUAUCUGCCUACUACCCAGACUGUGUGGGCAUGAGUCCCUCUUGUACCAGUACACACCGUUUAACUGGUGAAUCCAAUGUGAUAAAAAUGGAGCAUUUAAAAACUCCACCUACUAUAGCUGGAAUGAACAAGUACUUCCAGCCUUUCUAUCAACCCAAUGAGUGUGGUAAAGCCCUGUGUGUGAGACCAGAUGUAAUGGAGCUAGAUGAACUCUAUGAGUUUCCAGAAUAUUCGCGAGACCCCACCAUGUACCUUGCCCUGAGAAACCUCAUUCUGGCUCUGUGGUACACAAACUGCAAAGAACCUCUAACUCCUCAAAAAUGCACACAUCACAUCAUUGUUCGAGGCCUUGUGCGCAUUCGCUGUGUGCGGGAAACAGAGCGGAUUCUUCAUUUUAUGACCAGGAAAGGACUGAUUAAUACAGGGGUUUUGUCAGUUAAUCCUGACCAGCCUCUUCUUCCCAAGGAUUAUCACAAUAAAUCCGUAAUUGUGGUUGGGGCUGGUCCAGCUGGAUUAGCUGCUGCAAGGCAACUUCAGAACUUUGGAAUUAAGGUCCUUGUACUGGAAGCCAAGGACAGAAUUGGUGGGCGAGUGUGGGACGACAAGAGUUUCAAGGGUGUUAUUGUGGGGAAAGGGGCGCAGAUCGUUAAUGGCUGUGUCAACAAUCCAGUAGCCCUAAUGUGUGAGCAAAUGGGAAUGAAGAUGCAUAAGAUUGGAGAGAAGUGUGACCUGAUCCAGGAAGGUGGGAGGAUAACUGACCCUACCAUAGAUAAGAGGAUGGACUUCCAUUUCAAUUCUAUCCUUGAUGUUGUAGCUGACUGGAGAAAAGACAAAAAUCAGCAUCAGGAUGUUCCCCUUGGAGAUAAAAUCCAGGAAAUCUAUAAAGUUUUUAUUCAGGAAUCUGGUAUUCAGUUCAAUGAACUAGAGGAAAAAGUCCUUCAGUUCCAUAUCAGUAAUCUUGAAUAUGCCUGCGGGAGUAACCUCCAUGAGGUUUCUGCACGUUCUUGGGACCACAAUGAAUUUUUUGCUCAGUUUGCUGGUGACCACACACUCUUAAGCUCAGGAUACUCUGCUAUAAUUGAAAAACUGGCUGAACACUUGGACAUUCGGUUAAAGGUUCCAGUUCGUAGGAUUGACUACUCAGGGGCAGAGGUCCAAGUGACUGCAACAGAUGGAACUGUGUGGAGAGCCCAGAAGGUUUUAGUAACUGUGCCUCUGGCAAUUCUUCAAAAAGGUGCCAUCCAAUUUUAUCCAGCUUUGUCAGAGAAAAAAAUGAAAGCCAUCAAUAGCUUAGGAGCUGGGGUCAUUGAGAAGAUUGCACUACAAUUUCCUUACAGAUUCUGGGAUAGCAAAAUUCAAGGAGCUGAUUACUUUGGCCAUGUUCCACCUACUUCUAACAAACGUGGGCUCUUCAGUGUUUUCUAUGACAUGGAUCCGCAGCGCAAGUGCAGCGUCUUAAUGUCUGUUGUUACUGGUGAUGCUGUGGCAACUAUUAAGAACUUAGAUGAUGAACAAGUGCUGCAGCGGUGCAUGGCUGUUCUCCGUGAGCUAUUUAAAGAACAGGAAGUACCAGACCCAGUGAAGUACUUUGUUACUCGAUGGAAUAAAGACCCUUGGAUCCAGAUGGCAUACAGUUUCAUAAAGACAGGGGGCAGUGGCGAAACUUAUGACAUCCUUGCAGAAGACAUACAGGGAAAAAUCUUCUUUGCUGGCGAGGUGAAAUUUCAGCAACAAACAGACACUUUCCACAGACAGUUACUGGAGCUUAUUUGAGUGGAGUUCGAGAAGCAAGCAAAAUAGCAGCAUUUUGAAUUCUGAAGUACAGUUUAAAGACUUUUUAUAAUUUUCUCUAGUUUGAACUCAACUUUCAGGUUAUUUUCCUUGCCUGAAGUGGUGCUGAGGUCCGUGGUACCUAAAGAGACAAUAGCUCCAUUGUUUUGCCGUUGUUCUUCCCUAGUUUCUUCAUCUUCUAACUUCUGUAGAUGCAACAUUGCUUACGUUUUAUCUGUACAACAUACUGAGGUUACAGUUACUUAUAACUGACCUCUUUGUGGUCCAUUUGAGGUAGCUAAUUCUGUAGAAUGGAAGACUGGAAUAUAGAUUAAUAAUUGUGGUAGGUGGAAAAUAGUCCCUGUACAGGUAAAGGAUAGACUGAAAUAAAAAUGGUCAGUGUCUGGUGAUAUUUGGAAAGACGGGAAAAAGCAGAGACAUAUUCCUUUUAGAUUGAUCUGCAAGAGAGGUUCACAAACCUAUGUUCCUGUUGGUGGUCUCCAUCUUUUUUCGAAUGAAAAACAACACCCCACCAUAAAAUAAUCUAUAAAGAAUCUGCCUUUAUUUUCACCCACAUGAAACGUUAUCUUGCUGGAAUACUAGAAAAUUACUACAUCUGGUUAGGCAUCCUUCAGUCUCGAGAGACUAUGGUAACGUGCACUGAAUAGAGGUCUUGGAACAGCGUCUA